AUGGCCGCCGCAGCGCCCUGGACGGUGCAGACGGCCCUCGCAGCCAUUGCGCCGGGCUACGCCGAAAACACCGAUUCGCCCGUGCCCUUCUUCCACCUGCUGGAGCGCCUGAAGACGACCAGGCGCGCGGGCUGGGGCCGCUUCGGCAUCGCCGGCUGCGAGAGCAUCGCCGACCACAUGUACCGCAUGAGCAUCCUGACCAUGCUGGCCCCCGCCGGCGUCGCCGCCCGCCUCGACGUGCUGCGCUGCACGCGCAUGGCGCUGGUCCACGACAUGGCCGAGGCGCUGGUCGGCGACAUCACCCCCGCCGACCCCGUCACCAAGGAGGAGAAGAGCCGCCGCGAGACGGCCACCAUGGACUACAUCUGCGGCUCCCUGCUGGGCGGCGUCAACGCCGGCCUGAACGCCCAGGAGCUGCGGAGCCUCUGGCAGGAGUACGAGGACAGCGUGACCCCGGAGAGUCUGUUCGUGCACGACAUUGACAAGCUCGAGCUGCUGCUGCAGAUGAUCGAGUACGAGCGCAGCCACGCGUGCGCCACCGACCUGGGCGAGUUCACCUGGGUCGCCCUGAAGAUCCAGAGCCCCGAGGUCAAGACGUGGGCCCGCGCCAUCUUCAAGGAGCGCCAGGAGCUGUGGAGGCAGGCCGGCAAGACGUGCAGCUGGCGCGCCGACACGGAGCCCAACGAUGACGCGUAG